CAAACAUAAAAUGCUCCAUCACAUUCCCUCUUACCAGUCAAUCUGUGAUAAUUAUCAUUAUAUUUUAAGGUAAGCAUUAGAUUAUAGCUUCUAUCAAAAGUUACUAUACUUCUGUUAAAGUAAGGGAAAUCCACACAUAAAACCAGACACUUCAUCAUUUAAAACCCUUCAAUCUGGGUUAUACAAUCUAAUUAGUAUGGUAAUACUAUCAUCAUAAUAAAGGUUAUACUUCUAUUAACGGGAGUGAAUUUUAUAUAAAAUACACACAGAUACACAGCAUGUUAAAUAACACAAUUAGGCAAACUAAGAAAAACAUACGCUGCAGCCCUUUUGGGAAUUUGGGAUCCCCAACUUCCAAACAGGGAUUCCAACCAAGUUGCAGGCGUCCACUCUGUGCAGAAUUAUUCUUAGCAACAGUGGCAGUCAUAUUAGAAGAGUGAUCUGGGACAAAAGUACAACAUUCAUCGCCAAUGAAAGUGCCCCCUUUACCUGCCCAAAGAUAGUCAAAAGCCUCUCUGUUUUGCAGAGCCAAUUUACACAAUUCUUUUAGCAUCUACGGUUCUAGAGAUCUCCAGAAUUUGGUCUAGGGCACGUGCAUAUUGAAUUUCACAGGGAAGAGAGAGCACACAUGUUAUAACAGUUUCACACCAACCUUGAUAUGAAUGAGAUUAGGGCAAGAUUAUCACAAACUACAAUCUAGUGGCUCUCAUCACAUUUUCUGGUUAUAGCUUUGUCUCUAGAAGCCUUUCCAAAUCAUAAUUAGAACUAUUGAUAAAUUAUCCAGCACACAUUUAUAAUGACAGUGCCCCCAUUGUGUUUCACUUUGGUUCUCUCACUCAAAUUUGAAGACCCUCAAUUCAGCACACACCUAUACAGGCAGAAUUUACAUUGACACAAUAUAUUCAUCUUAUAUUUCUAGCAUUAACUUUUUUCAUCACAGCCUUCAUUUGUGGUAAUGACAGAUUAUCUCAAUGCAUUUAUAGUCUAAAGUACUAUACAUUUGCUGUGUGCAGACCUCCACAAUCAACCUGAUACCCCAAAUAAACAAUUUAGGAUAACCCUAAAUUAAUUACGGGCACGGUUGACUACCCCCCCCCCCUCCCUCUCGGCACUCAUUCUUGUGGCGUUUCAGUUUGUCCUCCCAAUGGCACAUGUUCAAAAUUGAUGGCCCUUGGUAAUGUCCCGAUUUCUCUCACCUGAGCCGCCAAUGUUCUUUCCAGUCCAUUAUGUCUUGUUGGAUGCUGUGUACAGGUUGCUGGCUCGGACUCAGGUUUCAGGUGGUGAAGGACCAUAGUGAACGCCAUUGUCGCCAUUACUUCAGCCGUCAGACGUCGUCCAUCAGAGUGUUUAUGACAUCAUUCAUAUGGAGGAUCGAGCAGAGUUACAGAGACAGCUCCACUGGGCCCUCAACCCCCCUCUCACCGCUGACACUGGACAGCUGGUCUCAGAUUCAGCCUCGCCACAGGCUGUCACAGUCUACAAGCCAGAGGCACUUCCACCAGAGAAUUCCACCUUCCUGGAACGCAACUUUGUCUGCAGGUUAAGAUGUCUCCUGGACAACUCCACUGGCUUCCUAGCCCUGAACAUCCAGGGGCGUCUAAAGUUCCUCCAUGGCCAGAGCGAGAGGACCAAGGAGGGCAAGGCCAUCCCGCCUCAGCUGGCACUGUUCGCCCUGGCCUCGCCCUUGCAGCCCCCCACCAUCCUGGAGAUCCGCACCAAGAACUUAAUCUUCAAGACCAAGCACAAGCUGGACUUCACCCCCAUUGCCUGCGACGCCAAAGGGAAGAUGGUGCUGGGUUACACUGAGGCUGAGCUGUGCAACCAUGGCUCAGGAUACCAGUUCAUUCAUGCUGCUGACAUGCUGCACUGUGCUGAGAACCACAUGAGGAUGAUAAAGACCGGAGAGAGUGGGAUGACAGUAUUCAGGCUGCUGACCAAGCUGACAGGCUGGGUGUGGGUGCAGGCUAACGCCAGACUGGUCUAUAAGAACGGACGGCCUGAGUAUAUCAUCGCAUCCCAAAGAGUCCUCACUGAUGAAGAGGGAGAGGACAACCUAAGGAAGCGGAGCCUCCAGCUGCCUUUCAGUUACACCACUGGGGAGGCUCUUCUCUACAACACCAGCUUCCCCAAGACUCUGGUAACAGGGGACUCCUUAGCAGGCGACACCACCGGCCCUGCAGGAAAUACCACCAACAACAACCAGGAUGGAACCCUGGACCCUGACUCACUGCUGGGCUCUCUGUUGAAACAGGACAAGUCUGUCUACUGCUGCUCCCCUCAGACUCAGAACCAGCUCCCGCUCCAACUCCUGCUGAAACAGGACAAGUCCAUCUACUUGUGCUGCUCCCCUCACACUCAGAACCAGCUCCCGCUCCAACUCCUGUUGAAACAGGACAAGUCUGUCUACUGCUGCUCCCCUCAGACUCAGAACCAGCUCCCGCUCCAACUCCUGCUGAAACAGGACAAGUCCAUCUACUUGUGCUGCUCCCCUCACACUCAGAACGAGCUCCAACUCCAGGAGGAGGUGGCAGGGCUUCCGCAGGAGGUGGUGGCAGGGCUUCCGCAGGAGGAGGUGGCAGGGCUUCCGCAGGAGGAGGUGGCAGGGCUUCCGCAGGAGGAGGUGGCAGGGCUUCCGCAGGAGGUGGUGGCAGGGCUUCCGCAGGAGGAGUGUGGGGGCAUCUUCUCCAGCAGCUGGCAGGAGGGCAGCAUCCUCUCUCUGUCAGAGAGAGUCCUCUUCAAGCAGGAGCCCUUAGGGGUGGGGGAUGGCGGGGGGAUCGGCGGCUUCUCAUUGGAGGACAGAGACGGGGAUUUGUGGAGCUUCAUGAUGAACCUGGGCAUUAGUAGGGAGGACCUGGAGCUGUUCCAGCAGGAUGAGAUGUUCCUCGAUGUGGAUCUGGACGCUGGCAGAGACGGCCUCCUUCCUGACCUGACAGACGAGAUUCUCUCCUACGUACAGGAGUCUCUGAGGAAGAGGUCGGACUGGGGUCAGACUGUAUUCUCUUGCAGGGGGGCUAAGUUAGGGGAUCAGGACUAUAGCUGCCCUACCACGCUGUUACACCAACCAUCUCUGGAACAACCACUAACCCCACAACCACAUUCUACUACAGUGCCUCAGUGGCAGUCACAGAUACAGCCACCACAGCUGCCUGUAGUCCAUCCCCUAUCAGUUCACCACUAUCAGUCUCCGCCCCACUACCCACAGCAGCCAAUACCGCAGCAUUGUUUACACACACAGCCCCACCCACAGACAGUAUUGCAGGCAACACAGCAGCAGCAACAGAGCCAUCUAAAUGGACAGGUAUUGCCAAACCAACAGCAGCAGCAACUGUGUAACAGACUGAAGCACAUGCAGGUGACUGGGACGGGUUCAAUAACACAACGACAGAAAGACAUCACCAAGCAGCAGCAGCAGAUUCCUCCGUUUAACGUGGAGCAACCAGGGGGGCUCCAGACUCACCACGGCCACCCCCAGCAUGGGAACCUCUGCCUGGGGGAAGCUUCCCUGGCCCUGGGCUUCCCCUACAGGAACCAGCUGAACACUUUGUCUGUUAGCCGCUCAUCAGUGCUCUCCUCCUAUGUACCCACCACGGGCCUCCAGAGCCAGUGGGUGGACGGAGAGCUCACGCCCCAGAAUUUGGAGGAGUUGCUGGGCAGCCUGGAGUCCAGUGGUCCCCGGGGGACAGAGGAUGGUAGGGGAGCGCCCCACUGGAGUAUGGUGGAGGCCCUAGCUGUGUCCCAGCAGCAGAGGCACCUCCCUGACGGCCUGACUCAGUCUCAGGCCACCAGCCAGGGCUGGGCUCUGCAUGCCUAUCCCCUGGCUAUGGGGCUCAGUCAGGUCAACAGAGCAGAGUGGCCAUUCACCACACAGUUCCAGAACGGGAGCCUGAAGGAGGCUGGUCCAGCACCUGGCCCUGUACCCAACCCUGAGUCCUCCAGGGGGGCAGACCAUGGACAUGCAGCAGCAGGGCAGCCAAAGCACCAGCCUCCUCCUCCCUCUGCUGAGAGCAGGCCCUACCCUGACCUCCCUCUGAGUGGAUUCAUGUGAGACUGAAGGCCCUCCUCCUUGGAGGCUCCAGAGCCAGACGUUCCAAGGCCAGCCAGCUGCCCCCGGUCCCCUGGAGGGAGCAGAGCCCUGACUGACGACAGCACCACACAACAGAGGCUAGAGGGAUGAGGCUCCUCCUGUCUGGCACCCAGCUGCACAUGGCUCCCCUGAGACCACUAAGACUGUUUCCCAAAUGGGCUCUUGUCAAAAGUAGUGCACUAUAUAGGGGAUAGGGUACAAUUUGGGCUGCAGUCUAAAACAGGAACCAGGGCAUGUCUGGGAGUAUGGAGGACUUGGACUGGAGAUCAUGUGGAUCAUUUUGUUAGAGCUUGGCACUUGCAGCGCCAGGGUUGUGGGUUCGAUUCCCACGGGGGACCGGUAUGAAAAUGUAUGCACUCACUACUAUAAGUCGCUCUGGAUCAGAGCAUUUGCUAAAUUACUAAAAUGUAAAAGUGAGAUUCACAUCCAGAGAGACUGUCUGAACAUCAGACAGCAGGCAGAGGGACAGUCAGAGACAGAGAGAUUGUGACAGACAGACGGAGGGAGACCAGAGGAAGUGGAUGAUCAAUCAAUAAAAUGUACUUAUAAAGCACUUCUUACAUCAGCUGAUGUCACAAAGUGUUGUACAGAAACCCAGCCUAAAAACCCAAACAGCAAGCAAUGCAGGUGUAGAAGCACGGUGGCUAGGAAA